AUGAGGACAACAAUAGCGUGGCGUACCACGUUUGGCAUAGGCCGGUAUCUCGGAGGUCGUCGUGGUGUACAUCUCCUGCGCGACUUGCCUCAGCCAACAGCUAAACAGCUUCUGAGGAAACCGAGGUUGCUCCCCAUACCAGAGCCGCGGGGGAGCGAGUCACUGUCCUCGUAUCGUCUGACGCGCUGGACGGCGCAGCCAACGUCUAUGCUCAUAGUGCAUAAGCCAGACGACGAGCGUGUGCGCUCUACCAUGCGCGAUGUGUUGUCAAUGCUCACCAAGACGUACCCCCAACUUCGCCUGCUGGUAGAGCCGCAUACCGCGCGCGACCACCCCGAGUUCGACCAGCUGGUUGUUGUCGAUAAGAAGGACGUCAGCUUGUUGCCAGAGAACACACACCUCGUUCUGACUCUCGGUGGUGACGGGACAGUGCUCCACGUCGCCAACUUGUUCAGCCAAGGCGAGUGCCCGCCCGUACUGUGCUUCUCGAUGGGGUCACUCGGCUUCCUCCUUCCCUUCCACAUCUCGCAGCUCAAUCCGGCUGUCCAGAGAACCCUCACAGGGCCUGUCCCCAUCCUGAAUAGGAUGCGCGUCGAGUGCAAGCCUCAGGCGCCUGACGGGAGCCUGCUCGAGCGGUGCGGGCCCAAGAGCCGAAGCGGAUGGCAGGUCAUGAAUGAGGUGUCGCUGCACCGCGGGCGGCAUCCACACCUCGCGGUUGUCGACAUGUACUUUGACGGGCAACACUUGACCGAGGCAGUGUCGGACGGCCUUCUCCUCUCUACGCCGACAGGGUCCACCGCAUACUCGCUCUCCGCUGGAGGACCAAUCUCGCAUCCCGAAGCGGACGCCCUCCUGCUCACACCUAUUGCUCCGCGGUCACUCAGUUUCAGACCAAUAGUUCUUCCCGGACAUGGCGUGGUGCGGCUCGAGAUCAGUCCGCGCGCCCGUGCACCAGCCGAACUAUCGAUCGACGGGCGCGAGGUGUGCCUUCUCAACGCACACGAGAGUGUUGUGAUCCGCAAGUCACCGUUCCCCAUCCCAUGCGUAGAACGCGUCGGCCAGGGUACGGGGUGGGUGCGGGACAUCAACUCGCUCCUCCAGUUCAAUGUGGGUUUCGUCAAUAAGAGUCUGGAAGAUCCGGGGCAUUAG